GGCGAGUGGUGCGGCCCACGGCGCGUCGCGCUCAGCCCCGGCCCGGAACGACGCGGCCCGAGCAGGCGGAGGCGGAGGAUGGCGCUGCCAGGUGGAAAUAAGGAUAACAUCAGGGCAGGAUGCAAGAAAUGUGGCUAUCCUGGUCAUCUGACAUUUGAAUGCCGAAAUUUUCUGCGCGUGGACCCUAAAAGAGACAUUGUUUUAGAUGUUAGCAGUACAAGCAGUGAAGACAGUGAGGAAGAAGAACUGAUAAGACUGCAAUCCAUAGGAGAGAAAAAGAGUACAAAUGAUGAAGAAGAAAAAAAGCAAAAAAGAAAAAGCAAAGAAAAAUCCAAACUAAAGAAAUCCAGAAAAAGGAUUUAUACAUCAAGCACCACAGAAGAGGACGAUCCAAAGCCAAAAAAACAAAAAUCUCAUAAAAAAGAAAGGAAAAAGGAGAAAAAGAGUAAAUCUAAAAAAGGAAAACACCACAAAAAAGAAAAAAAGAAGAGAAAAAAGGAGAAACAUUCAUCAUCUGAUAGUUCAGACACUUCUAGUAGUGACUGAGGAGUUAAAUCAUUCUACAUUUGUUCCUCUAAUGGCUAAGAUGAUUUGCCUUUCUAAUCUGUCCUAUUUAUGCUUUUGCAGUGUUGUUGGGUUAAAUAUAUAUAUAUAUUUUUGGUAAACUUAUUUACAAAUACCAACACUUUAUUAAACUGAAACAUUUGA